UAUCUGACUGGUUUGUUGCCAUCUCCGUUACAGUUUUCCCGCAACAAACAAUUGUGGAAGUCUAAAGUAGCACGUCGGGAGUUAUCUGCCAGAGAAAAUGCCGAAACGAGCUUGUCCUUUUCCGGAAACCUUCUCCUCCCAAUACAAAAUACAUGUCGGAGAGCAAGAGUUAAAUAAUUAUAGCGUGUUUGGGAACAAAUACCGGCAAGACGUAUACGCCAAGACUAAGAACUUGCUCUUCAGCGGCGCAAAGGCCGUGAUGGGCAAACUCUGGACUGGGAAGGAGAGCUCCGGCGCUCCAGCGGAGAGUCCCGCGUGCAGCCAGCCGCUGCUGCGAGGCCAGACGCGGAUUGGACACGACGGGAGGCUGACGAGGGCCGCCGCUGCUCCAGGUCCAUCCGUGGCUGUUGCGUGCUGCUGCGUGUGUCAGAAGAGUCAUGGCUCCAGGUCACCCUGCUCCCAAUGCGAGCGCCUCACCUGCCCCUCCUGCACGCGCCAGUGCUCCUGCUGCUCCGGCCUCUGCUGCUCCGUCUGCACCGUCCUCGAUUACAGCGGCCAAUACGAUGAAGUGCGGUGCUGCAGUUGCUCAACGUAGCGCCGACCGAAGGCCCUGGAGUUCAUGCUUGAACAUAUAAUGUUGUUUCCCCAAGACUGCAUUUUAUACCUGUAAUUUUAUUAAAUGUAUAUUCUGUGUAUAUAAAUGUAUUGCAUAUUUUAACUGAAAUAAAACGUACCACUUUUGAAUACAUUU